AUGGCUAUAGUGCUCGCAGGGUGGACGUGGCUCAACUCGCCAUUCGUCAGCGGUGAAGAGACAUCAACGAAAAGCCUCGAGGCAGAAUUGACGGAUGUUGGUGGCAUGCUCAUGAAGAAAAUGAUGCCAGUGGCAUCGGAACUCGCCACCAGCCCUGAGCUAAGCCCAGAGUGCGCUGGAAGCCUGUUCAAAAUACUCAAGGGUACAAGAGCAAGGGAGCCAUGGGCCAUCAGGAUGAUUCUGGCUAAUGGCUUGCUACCUAACAAUAUCCUCGAGGGAAGUCUCAUCAGCCUCGGAGGUUACGAGCAGUGCCUCAAGACCAGGGUGUUCAACUCCGAAGGAGAGGUGACACACAAGGGACAGUACUGCACCCUGUUCGUCUACCCACCCUGGUCUGUCUUAGAGACGCUCGUGAAGAAGUUUCAAGCUGUUGGUGAAUUUACAGGCAGGCUGAAUCCUCUAACAGUCACGACAAAUGCAAAAAUAGGAAAGAAGGCAUUGCGUAUUGGACUGUGCACUCUCAACUCAUGCACAGAGGAGGAAGUCAAGUUCUUAGCAGCUGGAGUCCGCGUAUGGUUGCCACUGAGAUGGUUCAUGUAUUUCUCUGCAAUCAGCAACACAAAACGCCUCCUGAAGACCACAGCUAGGAAAGAUAACCAGAACCUGGUGUUCCUCAGUGGCUUCAAGGUUUUCCUCAUCUUCUGGGUCAUCUAUGCGCACUGCUACGUCUUAAUACAACCAGAAUUUGCACGGACACCAUUUAUCUUUGUAGACCUCUCGGAGAAAGUACUUUUUCAAUUGAUGCUCAAUGGCCUCCUCAGCGUGUCAACAUUUUUGUUCUUAAGUGGAUUUGUGAUGUCAUAUUUAUUGCUCCAGUCCCGGGAAGUUGUUCGCAAGCAAAAUCCUAUAGCUGUUUACAUCAUUGCCGCUGUUCGUCGGUACGUCAGGCUAAUGAUUCCCAUUGCAACUGUGGUGAUGGCGUGCUUCCUUCUACCGCACUUUGCCGAUGGCCCUGCCGACCAAGAACUUUUGAAGCAGCAGGUGGACGGAUGCAUUCAACGUUGGUGGGCUGUUCUACUCAGUUUCAACAACUUUUACCCCGUUGACAAAAUGUGCAUGAUUCACCUGUGGUACGUCAGCACGGACGUUCAAAUAUUCCUCGUCAUAGCAUUUCCGCUCACCAUCCUCUUCGUCUGGCACCCCAAGUUCGCACUUUUGCUGUCAUGUGCUAUUUCUCUGGCAUUUUGUAUUUUGGUAUCUCUGCAAACUCACUUUUGGCACCUGGCUUACUCCGCCACGGCUUCCUCCAACGACAUGGUGCGUGUUGUGGAAACUAUCGAACUGGUCUACUUCCGACCUUUCACGCAUGUCGCGACGUACAUUCUUGGCGUCGUCGCCGGAUAUUUGACGAUGCAGUACGGGAAAGCCAAAAUUGGCGUGGUCAUGCAGCUGGCCCAAUGGAUCAUAUCACUGGCACUAACCGGCUUCGUGCUCUUCAUCACGCUGCCAUGGAAUCGAGGCAAUCCGCCAGACGAUAUUACGACGGCCAUUUACGGUGGAUUCCACCGUCUGGUGUGGUCAGUGGGGCUCGUGUGGCCCGCGUACGCCUGCGCCACAGGUCGAGGAGGUUUACUAAACGCCUUCUUCUCCUGGAAGGCGUUCUUGCCAAUAUCUAGGCUCGUAUAUUGUAUCUAUCUCGUUCAUGUGCCUCUUCUAUACCUUCGCAUGGGCAUACUAAAAACACACAUCAGCCUCAACGAGUUUUUCCAGCUCAACACUGCCAUCGGCCUGUUCGGCAUGAGCUUGUUCCUGGCAUACCUCCUGUAUCUCUCCACGGAAGCACCUGUGACGCACUUGGAAAGGCUGAUAUUCGAGGGAAAACGGAAGGAUGCUAUUAUGAACAGUGUCAAGAAGCCUGAAGAAGCUCUACCAGCCAAAAAGCCCAUUGUUGAGUGGGAGAAAAAGAAGGAUCCUCUCGAGAAGGGCUUCGACAUUAAGCUAACCAUAGAGCAAGAUGCCAAGAUGGCCGUGAAUGAAGCUGGCAUCGAUAACAAGGCCUUCCAGACCGACCCUGAGAAGUCCAAGCUCUGAACAGUCUUUCAGCGCAAGCAUGGACUACAAAAAAAAGAUGCGUGAUAUGGCGACGGCUACAGAUCUGUCGUCUACGCAUAUUUGAACUUGCAGUGGAGUGAACGCUUCCAAAUAAAGGCAUA